GUCCUCUCGUUCGUUUCAGAUCAGAUCCAGCGAGAGAGAGAGACAGAGAAAUCCCCAAUCCACCAAACCCUGACCCACACCCACUAGGAGAGAUCGGCGAUGGCCGUCGAGAAAAUGCAGUUUGCCAUGCCGAUGGCCACCGGCUUCGAGGGAUUUCCCUACAUCCCGUUCCAGGCGGAGAAGGAGCAGGCGCAGGCGUUCGGCAGGGCCAUGGCGGAGCCGGAGCCGGAGGAGGUGGCGCUCGUCAUGGUCAGGACGAAGCCAGAGGCGGCGAUCCGCAAGGCCAAGUCCAAGGUGGACAAGGAGAAGGCGUCCCUGAAGGCCAAGGCCAAGGCAGAGAAGGAGGCGGAGGAGGAAGCGGCGAUCCUCAAGGCCAAGGCGGAGGCAGAGAAGGAGGAAGCGAUCAAGGCCAAGGCGAAGGCGGCGAAGGAGGAGAGGAUCAUCAAGGCCAACUGCUGCUGCGGCUCGGACGAGGACGAUGUGCCGUACGACAAGCUGUGCCACGACUCCGACCCGGAUAUAAUCAUGUCCAGGAUUGUAGAGCGGUGGGACCUCUUUAUCGAGGAGGAGAAGGUUCGCUUCCCUGGCCUCAAGUUCGGGGACUCCUGCGAAAGGGAAUACACCGGGGACUCCUACCAAAGGGAAUACACCGGCGAUGAUCAGGAAGAUUCAGAUGACGAGCAGUACUACCACCGCUUGCUGGAUGAGGGCAUUCUGGUUUGAGAUUAUUGCUCUUGUAAUUAGACUGGGAUGAAGGGGGGUUCACCAGUGCUAUCAGUCUAUCUCUCUCUAUAUAUAGUAGUAGUAGUCAAUCGAUCUGGAGGACAUCUAUGUUAGCGAUCCACCUAUAUGUGUGUGAUCUUAGUAUCUUAAGUUAAGAGACGCCAAUGAACCAAUGGCAUGUAUCUACUAUCAGCACCAUCAUUAUAUAGCUAAAGUAUGCUGUUCUGGGCUUGUCUGCCAUGCAUAA